AUGUCUAUGUCCAAGAUCUUCCAGACUGGCGCUCUUGUAGCUGCACUCAUCGCUACCGUGGCCGGCCACACCUCUGUCGAGCAGUUCGAGGCUGGAGGCAAGACCUACCCCGGUUUCCGUCAGGCUUCCAAGCAGGAUCCUGGCAACAAGUCGCCUGCUUGGUGGACCAACCAGGGCUGGGGAUACCAGCCCAUCUACGGUGACAAGCUGAGCCACCCCGACAUCAUUGCCCACAAGGAUGCCUCCCCCUCCCCAUACACCGUUGAAGCCCCCGCCGGCCAAGACGUAACCUUCCACUGGCACCACGAGGGCAGCUGCGGCUCCGGAGAGGAGGGCUGGGACUGCUCUCACCACGGCUGGACAGCCACCUACAUGGCAUCCUGCAACGGCGACUGCAAGAACGUCGACAAGACGAAGCUCGAGUUCUUCAAGAUCCACCAAAGCGCCCUCCUCGACUACCGCAAGGGCCGCUACUCCUCCGGCCAAGCCCAAGGCCAGACCGGCUACUGGGGCACCGACGCCAUCUUCUACGACAACGGAAACACCCAGAAGGUUACCAUCCCUUCUGAGAUCCCCAGCGGAAACUACGUCCUCAGGACGGAGGUUGUGUCUAUCCACAACAACGGCGAUGUUAGCCAGCGCCAGUUCUGGCCUCAGGCUUUCAACAUCAAGGUCACUGGCGGUGAUGACAGCAAGCAGGUCCCUGCUGGAAAGAAGGGUACUGAGCUGUACAAGUCCAGCGAUGAGCUUCUCCAGUGGGACCUCUACUGGCACCAGGCUGGCGAGACCAUCGAGGAUGCGCCUGGUCCUAAGCUCGCUGCUGUCGCUUCCGUUCAGAAGCGUGCUCACGCUCGUGACUUCUCUGCUUAG